AUCCGUCUUUUGUUUCUGAAGGGGGAAAAGUACCAACUAUGCCACAUGGACAACGGUAAAUGCCGACUUAUUCGAUCACUGAACCGCGGUAAACUUGAACCUUGAACCACUCAGGCCUAGUAGAUGGGACCAAACAUGACAGCACUACACCGAGAUGUCAUGAAUAUCAUUCUCGGCCCUUAUACCUACUUCGUCAAAGACACUGGCCUUCAUCAUUUCAAAAGUUUGCUUUGCCAUUUCGACCGCGUCGUGCAUCAGCGUUUUCUAUGGCUUCUAUCUCGCUGGAGAAAGCUAAUUUUUUGGCUUUAGUGCUUGAGGCACUGCUAUACGGCUCCUUUACCGUAUUAUUUCUUGCCGCGCUUUGGGUCAUCUUCCAGAAGAGAACAGGAAUCAACGUGAAACUGCUGUCGACUGUGGUCGCUAUUUGGAUAUUAGCAACAGUUCAUCUGAUAUUGGACAUAGUCCGUGCUGUAGAGGCAUUUGUAGAGCUCAAGGAUGGCACCGCACUAGAGUACUAUUCGAAUCUUUCGAAUCCGUUGCAAGCAGCCAAAACAGCAAUCUACGUCAUUUUAACCCUUGUUGGGGAUGGAUUUGUCAUCUAUCGCUGCUACAUUGUAUGGAAUCGCAGAUGGUAUAUCAUUCCCGGGCCCCUCUUAAUGCUAUGUGGAACAGGCGUGAGUGGAUUUGGUGCUACCGUCGCAUUCUCUCGCGCAGAACCUGGGGCCGAAGUGUUUCUACCCGCUAUCGUUCCUUGGAUCACGAGUUUUAUCUCGAUGACUUUAUGCACGAAUGUCAUUUGUACUUCUCUCAUCGCCUAUCAAAUCCUUAGCAUUCAACGAGCUGUCCGAGGCCUCGUUCAAGUAAAUGUAGCUCGUUCUGCUCUUAUGAUGAUCCUCGAGUCUGCCGCCGUAUAUUCAGCUUCCGUGAUCUCUUUAAUGAUCACAUAUACCCUCAAUUCUAAUGCUCAGUACACUGUCCUUGACCUAACUUCCCCGUUAAUCGGCAUCACCUUCACGGCUAUCAUCCUUCGCGUUAGUCUAGGCCUCAGCUCACGCGACCUGACGAAUUUCUCGCAAACCGUACCAGAUCACCCUCAACGAUUAUCUGUAAGUCGUCGAGCUCCAGUUGCAGUCAACGUUAGCCAUCUCGUUGAGACGGACUCGGGUGAAUACCCCCUUCACAGGCGGGAUAGGGACUCGUCGGCGAAGCUCUCAGUUGUUUAAUCGGACGUGUUGUUUUGCCAGCUAUGCAUUAUAAAGCUCGGAAUAAUCUUGCACGACCCUUUCUUUGACAUUUCUCACGGAUCUCGCUUAAGGACAUUCGCCCCGGGACACGAUAAACCGCUGCCCUACGCCGAGGUUAUUCCUGCCCCGAUGGCAUCGAACCUGAAACCAGAUGGUCAUCCUGGCAUUAUUCAAGGGAUUGACUCUAAGUGGUGCAGACUGAGG